CAUGACUAAACUCCACGGGGCUUGAAUGAUCAGGCUGCCAGGCUGCCUCUCCCCAGUUCCUCCAGCUCCCACAGAGCCCACAGGGACCUGCAGAUCUGGGCGCCCUGCCCAUCCCCUUCUUUCCCCCACCACACCUGGGAGGGCCCUCACUGGGGAGGGGGCCAAGAGUGGGUCUGGCCUGGGAUGUCCAGAUGCUCACAGCAUGGAAAGCUCCAUCCGGCUGCUGGCCUGCUUGGCGUGCGUCCUCCCGACAGGCUCAUUUGUGAGAACUAAAAUAGAUACUACGGAGAACUUACUCAACACAGAGGUGCACAGCUCGCCAGCGCAGCGCUGGUCCAUGCAGGUGCCAGCCGAGGUGAGCGCGGCGGCAGGCGACGCAGCAGUGCUGCCCUGCACCUUCACUCACCCGCACCGCCACUACGACGGGCCGCUGACUGCCAUCUGGCGCGCGGGCGAGCCCUACGCGGGCCCGCAGGUGUUCCGCUGCGCUGCGGCGCGGGGCAGCGAGCUCUGCCAGACGGCGCUGAGCCUGCACGGCCGCUUCCGGCUGCUGGGCAACCCGCGCCGCAACGACCUCUCGCUGCGCGUCGAGCGCCUCGCCCUGGCCGACGACCGCCGCUACUUCUGCCGCGUCGAGUUCGCCGGCGACGUCCAUGACCGCUACGAGAGCCGCCACGGCGUCCGGCUGCACGUGACCGCCGCGCCGCGGAUCAUCAACAUCUCCGUGCUGCCCGGCCCGGCGCACGCCUUCCGUGCGCUCUGCACUGCCGAAGGGGAGCCGCCGCCCGCCCUCGCCUGGUCCGGCCCGGCCCUGGGCAAUGGCUCGGCCGCGGCCGCCGUGCCGAGCUCGGGUCAGGGUCACGGCCACCUGGUGACCGCCGAACUGCCCGCACUGAACCACGACGGCCGCUACACGUGUACGGCCGCCAACAGCCUGGGCCGCUCCGAGGCCAGCGUCUACCUGUUCCGCUUCCAUGGCGCCAGCGGAGCCUCGACGGUCGCCCUCCUGCUCGGCGCGCUCGGCCUCAAGGCGCUGCUGCUGCUCGGGGUCCUGGCCGCUGGCGUCGCCCGCCGCCGCCCAGAGCAUCUGAACACCCCGGACACCCCACCACGGUCCCAGGCCCAGGAGUCCAAUUAUGAAAAUUUAAGCCAGAUGAAUCCCCGGAGCCCACCGGCCGCCAUGUGCUCACCGUGAAGAGUCCCUCAGCCACCAAUAUCCAUUUCUGCACUGUAAAUAAUGAAGCCAGUGCAAGGCUUGGCUGGUACGGCCCGACCCGAUUCCCAAGCACCUUGGCAGCCGCCAGCCGGCUGACUCCUCCCCCACUCGGGGUCAAGACCCUGCUCAAGGAGGCUCAUCUGGCCUCCUAUGUGGACAACCAUUUCGGAGCUCCCUGAUAUUUAUGCCAGCAUUUUGUAAGUGUGCAUGUAUGUGUGUGUGUGUAUAUAUGCAUUAGCUUGAGCAUGAAACUUCCAGAAAUGCUCCCUUGCCCUUUCUUACCUAGAACACCUGCUAUAGUAAAGCAGACAGGAAACUGUUUAUAGGGCCUGGAGGCCCAGUCUUGUCCUCCUCUGUCACUGACUUGCUGUGUGGACCUAGGACACUUUCUUCACUUCUCUGGGUCUCAGUUCAUUUACUGUUGAACAUGGACAAUCAUAUUCUUCCCUCCUGGCUGGGAGGACUACCAAGAUCUGAGGAAAUAAUGGAUGUGAAGGGGCUUUGGAAAAUACAAAGCCAUCUACUCAUGAGGGGCAUGACAGGACCCUCUUUGCAGAGUGACCUUUGGACGUGCAGAGAGUUCUUGGAGAAGUGUGGCCCCUGUCACGGAGAACACAGAGUUCCAGAGAGCAAGGCUGGGGCAGGGGCUGUGCAAACCUGUGGUCAGAGGAACAUUAAAUCCUGGAAACUUGGUGGUAGGGAGAGGCCUGGGGCCUUUACCCCAUGCCCCCUGGGAUCUCCACUGUGAUUGUCCCACACCCUCUGCCUAACUCUUGCCCCAUCAGUUGCCCUACAUUGCCUUGAGCUGGGACGCCUAGGAAAUGGAAACCAGGCUCCCCUCUCUCAAGGCAUUUGGGAACCACUGUCUCAGGGGCUGAAGCUGGGAGACCUGAGGGGAGGUCUGGCUGGAGGGUCCCUGUGGGUAAAGCAGCUACAGCUCUGACCUCUCUCUGACCUGCAACCUCUCAGGGCGUGCAAAGUCCAAAUGCACUGGCAACUUCACCCCCUUCGCCCUAACAUGGGCAGGCUGACUCGGAGGGGUGCUUCCCUAUUUACACCUCAGGGUGAAUUUGUUGAGCACCUUAGCUCCUGUGGUCCCUGGGGCUUAGGGAGAGGUGGGAGGCACGCCUGGGUCCCAGGUGAGCUGGCAAGAGGAAAGGGCCACGGGCCAGGGCACUAAUGAGGCUAUGAAUGAGACACCUCACCCGUUACAAGGACUUUUAUCCAAAAGACAAGCAAUGACAAAUGCUGGUGAGAUUGCGGAGAAAGAGGAAUCCCCAUACACCAUUGGUGGGAAUGUAAAUUAGUACAGUCACUAUGGAGAACAGUACAGAGUUUCCUCAAAAAAACUAAAAAUAGGCCAGGUGGGGUGGCUCAUGCCUAUAAUCCCAGCAUUCUGGGAGGCCGAGGCGGGUGGAUCACUUAAGGUCAGGAGUUCGAGACCAGCCUAGCCAACAUGGUAAAACUCCGUCUCUCCUAAAAAUACAAAAAUUAGUCGGGCGUGCUGGCGCAUGCCUACAGUCCCAGCUACUUGGGAGGCUGAGGCAGGAGAAUUGCUUGAACCCAGGAGGCGGAGGUUGCAGUGAGCUGAAAUCAUGCCACUGUCCUCCAGCCUGGGCAACAGAGAGACUCUCUUCCAAAAAAAAUAGAACUACCAUAUGAUCCGGCAACAGCAAUCCCACUGCUGGGUAUCUGUCAGCAAGGAAAUCAGUAUAUUGAAAAGAUACCAGCACUCCCAUGUGUACUGCAACACUAUUUGCAAUAGCCAAGAUAUGGAAUCACCUUAAGUGUCCAUCAACGAAUGAAUGAAGAAAGAAAAUGAACACACAAUGAAAUAUUAUUCAGCCAUAAAAAA